UGCCAGGUGGGGCUGCGUGUGGGUUACAGUGAAUGACGGGUGGGCCCGGGCGCGUCGCUGGCCCGCGCGUCAUUGUGGGAAACUGCUUUCCGUUUGGUCGUCUGCUCGUUUGGGACCGGAGAUGCCGCCGUAUGUGAUUCGAGGUCGGGGCCCUCGUCGGCGAGUGAGCUCUAUGGCUCCAGUGUUGUCGCGUGCCAUCGAAUCUGGACGGGUUUUUGCUGACCGUCCGUAGUGGUGGGCCAGCAACCAGGCACUCGGCAAUGCGUCUCUGUGAAGCCCCAUGCGGCCUGUUGGGCUGCUCCAUGCUCCUUUACCAGCCCAGCAAAGCACCGAACAGCAGAAGCCCAUUUCGGUCGUCCCAUUUCCCAAAUCAUUCGCCUCCCCCAAAUCCGGCGAGCCAAAACGGCAAAACCCCACCUAAAACCUCGCCAGCCCCCGCCACCACCGGCGACGGCGACCAUGCGCCGUCACCUCGACCUGCUCCCCCGCCUCCUCCUCCUCCGCCGCCACGUCCACCGCCGCGCCAGGCCCGGGGCCUCGCCGCCGCCGCCCCCGCCGCCCAACCCGCCGCGCCCGCCGCAGAAGCCCGAGCCCGUCACCAUCCACGGGGAGACGUGGCACGACAGCUACGCCUGGAUGGGCUCGCUCUCCGACGCCGCCGCCAUGCGCCACAUGGACGUCCACAUGGAGGCCGAGGAGAAGUACGCCGAGGCCUGCCUCGCCGCCGCCGCCGCCGACCGCCUCGCCCGUAAGCUCCAGCUCGAGAUGGCCUCCCGCCUCGCCUCCGACGCCUGCACGCCGCCCACUCGCUGGGGCCCCUGGCUCUACUACCGCCGCGCGGACGAGGGCAAGCAGUACCCCGUGCUCUGCCGCCGCUCCGCCGCCCUCCAUGGGGAGUUCGUCUCCUACAGCGACCCCUCCGCGGGGUUCGACUUCACCGCUGGGAAGCGCAUCGAACAGAAAUUGGUGGAUUACAACAAGGAGGCCGAGCGAUUUGGAGGAUACUCAUAUGAGGAGCUAUCUGAAGUUUCUCCAGAUCACCGCUUCAUUGCGUACACCAUGUAUGACAAAGAUAAGGAUUCUUUCACUUUAAUGGUCAGGGAUCUGGUGACGGGCACACUAUGCGAUAAACCUCGUGCUGAUCGGGUCUCAAAUAUUUCAUGGGCUAUGGACGGGAAAGCACUAGUUUAUAUUGUUACAAAUGAGGACAGAAGGCCAUAUAGGCUGUUUUGCAGCAUUAUUGGAUCAAACAAGGAUGAUAUUCUUAUAUUGGAAGAACCUGAUGAGAAUAUUUAUUUGAAUAUCAGACAUACCAAGGAUUUUCGGUUUAUAACGUUAAAUGUCUUUUCUGACACACACUCAAAGGUAUAUUUAAUAAGGGCUUCUGACCCCUUGUCCAGAAUGACACUGGUAUGGGAAGGUGAAUCCCAAGUUCAUUGCAUUGUGGAGCAUCAUCAUGGACGCCUGUAUUUAUUCACCGAUGCUGCAAGAGAAGGUGUCUGUGUUAAUUCACAUUACCUAAUGCAGUGUGAUGUGGAAUCUCCUGGGCCAAAGAGUUGGAAGAAUGUCUUCCUUGAGGAACCAGGUAUUAUUCUUGAAGAUGUUGACUUUUGCAAUACUCAUAUGGUGCUUAUUCUGAGACAAGGCAGAAAACUCACACUUUGUUCAGUUAAUCUGCCUCUACCUGAAAAUAUCCAAGUACCUGCUCAUCUAUCAGAUUUUCACCCACUUGACUUGCCUCUUCCCGAUCAUGUGUGUCAGAUUUUAUCUGGCCCAAAUUAUGAUUACUAUUCCUCAACAAUGCGUUUCACAAUAUCAUCACCUGUGAUGCCAGAUGCAGUUGUUGAUUACAACUUACUAAAUGGAAAGUGGCAAAUAGUGCAACAGCAAAACAUGCUUCAUGAGAGAACAAAGGUACUGUAUGGGAAUGCUUUUGCUUCUAGUGCGGGCAAGCUGUCUUCAGAUGGAGCUGAUUUGUCAAGUGAAGAUUUGGGAGAUUGUGACUGGAAUGAGCUCUCUGAAUACUAUGCAUGUGAGUACUAUGAUGUUCCAUCGAAAGACGGAGUUUUGGUUCCACUCACCUUGGUAUAUUCAAGAAAGCACAAGCAAGAGGGGAAUCCAGGAUUGCUUCAUGGGCAUGGUGCCUAUGGUGAGAUUCUGGAUAAGCGUUGGCGUAGUGAGUUAAAGAGCCUACUCGAUCGUGGUUGGGUGAUUGCAUAUGCUGAUGUUAGGGGCGGUGGAGGUUAUGGCAAGGAGUGGCACCGGGAUGGUGCACGUACCAAAAAGAUGAAUUCUAUAUAUGAUUUUGUCUCUUGUGGUGAAUUUCUUCUUGAAAAAGGUAUCAUACAAGAAAAUAAGCUUGCUGGAUGGGGAUACAGUGCUGGAGGACUUCUGGUGGCUUCGGCAAUCAAUACUCGUCCAGAUUUGUUCCGUGCCGCUGUUUUAAAGGUCCCUUUCUUGGAUGUUUGCAACACUCUGCUCCAUCCUAUUCUACCUCUUACAGCCAUUGAUUAUGAAGAGUUUGGGUUUCCUGUAGACCAUGAAGAAUUCCUUUCAAUCAAGAAGUAUUCUCCCUAUGAUAAUAUCCAGAAGGAUGUCCCUUACCCAGCUGUGUUUGUGACAUCAUCAUUUAAUACAAGGUUUGGUGUAUGGGAAGCAGCUAAAUGGGUUGCAAAAGUCCGUGAACUUACUCAAUAUGAUCCAGAGCGGCCUGUAAUUCUUAACUUGACAACAGAUGUUGUGGAAGAAAGCAAGUAUUUGGAAACCAAGGAAUUAGCAACGGAGACUGCUUUCCUAAUUAAAAUGGUGAACAAUACCUGAACAACAUCCUUUGCCUUUCGGCUUCCGAAAUUGUUUCUCAAACUCAAUGAUGCGGCCCAUGUGGGACAUGUGCUAUGUCGCCAGUCCUCCAUGUUUAACGAGAUCUGAGGAUUAGUCCAUCGAUUGGAGCUUAUAUGAGGCUCGAUGACAAAUGUCCAUAUAUUUGUACAGUACCAUUCAGAACUGGAAAAAGAAAGCUGGAGUUCAGGAGUUGUAAUGUGAACGAAGUCUCUUUGAUUUUUAUUUUCUGUCAAUCAGUAUAUUACCUUCUGAUAAGAUCAAUGCCCAACACGGCGUGCAGUCGCGUGUAGCAUCAUUGUCACUAUUACCUUGGGAGAGUUACCAGCGGCAACGGGAGAUGUUGUGGUUCCCCCUUUUAUUUCAAAUUUGAUAAAAUUGAAAUGGCUGUAUAGAACCAACUGGAUGUCCUAUCCUUUCUUAACAUGUGUAAUUCAUGGAAGCUUCCAAUGUGAGGGCUCCGUCGUGAUGCGAGGGCUCCGCAUGCUGUUGCAGUGGUGCUAUGAGUGUGCAGAUGGUGCUAAACUGGAGCACUGUCGAAGACCCCGAGCAUCACUAGUGUUGCAUUGGAGCAUCGCAGGGCCACCGGAGCACACCAUUGUUGCAGCUCUCGCCGAAGCUACGUCCACGGAGCGGGGAUGGAAGCGAUGGCAUGGUCCUAGUGAGGUCCUGUCAUCAAGGAGUACGCAACGGUUGGUCAGGUGGCUGAUAUUUUACUUAUCUUUUCCUAAGACCAGCGGACUGACGCCUAGCAGCCGCCUAUUGUUAAUCAUAAACUUAUCAAAACUCCAUCCAAAAUCCACUCCUAGCAAAUCUUUGUAUAAAUUUCACAAAGUUCCAAUACUUCAGAAGAUUUCCUUUCGGUAUUACCAAGUUAGUUGGGGU